AUGUCUGACACCGUGACCUUGGCCUCCGGACAAAAGAUGCCUCUGGUAGGCUUUGGAUUGUGGAAGGUCCCUGCUGAGAAAGCCGCCGAUAUUGUCUACAAUGCCAUCAAAGAAGGCUACCGUCUCUUCGAUGGUGCUUACGACUAUCAAAAUGAGAAGGAGGCCGGCGAGGGCAUUAGAAAGGCUAUCUCUGAGGGCCUUGUCAAGCGAGAGGACAUCUUCGUCACGACCAAGCUGUGGAACAAUUACCACCGCAGGGAGCACGCGCUGGCCAUGGCCCAAGCACAGAAUGAUGCUUGGGGUUUGGGGUACAUUGACUUGUAUCUCAUUCAUUUCCCCGUGGCGUUGAAAUAUAUUGAGCCCGAGAAACUGCGAUAUCCGGCAUGGUGGAUGGACCCCGAGCACAAAGAGAUCGAAACCGACCGCGUGCCUCUUCAAGAAACCUGGCAGGCAUUGGAGGAAGUGGUCGACUCCGGCAUCAUCACAUCGAUCGGCAUUUCCAAUGCCCAGGCCCAGACCCUUUACGACAUCCAGAGAUAUGCCCGAUAUCCGAUCUCUUCACUCCAAAUCGAGCACCAUCCUUACCUCGUGCAGCCGGAACUCGUCAAGCUCGCUCAAGAGGAGAACAUCGUCAUCACGGCCUACUCGUCCUUUGGACCGCAGAGUUUCCUCGAGAUGACAGCCGAGUUCCGUGCCAGAACUCAGGAGGUCCCGCUGCUCUUUGACGUCGACAUCGUCAAGAAGACCGCCAGCAGAGUCAACAAGACGCCCGCCCAGGUGUUGCUUCGAUGGGCGACACAGCGCAACAUUGCUGUCAUCCCCAAGUCGAAUCAUGUCGACCGCUUGCGGCAGAAUCUGGAGGUCGGGUCUGGCAGCUUUUACUUGGCCGAAGAGGAGAUCGAGGCCAUCAGCGCGCUCGACAAAGGAUUGAGGUUCAAUGAUCCGGGAUUCUAUCUGCACAAGCCUCUACGUAUUUUUGCGUAG